GGGAGAGGAGGUAUCAAAACGACGACGUAGUAAAUGGCAUCGCUGGGGAACUCCGUUGUUUUUCGGGUGGAUUGUCGAAACUGCCCUCGCGAGUUCAGCAAUGGUCUAGGACUGGGCGUGCUGCUGCCGCCGCCGCCGCCGUCGUUGCCACUGGCGAAACCUUCGCGAGUCUCUUUCGCGUUAUCGAUUCCGGCGGCGUUAUCCACGGAGAUUCCUCCGGAAGGUUACAGAAGAAAUGUCGGGAUUUGUCUCGUCAACACUUCGAAAGAGAUAUUCACGGGGUCGAGGAUACGAAUUCCGCACACAUGGCAAAUGCCCCAGGGUGGUGCUGACGAGGGGGAAGAUUUGAGAAAGGCAGCCAUGAGGGAAUUGAGAGAAGAAACUGGGGUUACCUCAGCUGAAUUUCUUGCAGAAGCACCUUAUUGGCUUACUUAUGAUUUCCCAAGCCAAAUCAGAAUCAAACUUAAUCGUCGAUGGGGGUCAAAUUAUAAAGGUCAAGCACAGAAGUGGUUUCUUUAUAAGUUUACUGGAAAAGAGGAAGAGAUAAAUCUUUUGGGUGAUGGAUCUGAGAAGCCAGAAUUUAAUGAAUGGUCAUGGAGGUUACCUGAACAACUGCUAGAGAUUGCUGGGGAUUUCAGGAAGCCUGUAUAUGAACAAGUUUUCAAAGUAUUUAGCUCCUAUUUUUCUGUUGAUGCUGAUGAAGAAGACUGCUUAUCAGGAAAGGAAACUAAUGGUAAAGAGGUGCUUAGGAAGUAAACUUGAAAAACUUUGCAACAGAAGUUGGUUCUUCAUGAUUUUGAACCAUUUUGAUCUGGCAAAACAGAAGAUUAACAUCGUUCGGUUUCUCACAGAAUUCAAGAUUUUUUUUUUUCUUGAAAUAAGUCUUGUUUAUUCAUUGGCAGUUGUUGCCGUUGUAACCGUUUGACAUUAAUUACCCAUGAAUUUCCUUUCGAUACUCAUUUCUCGUGGCCUCUCACAGAAUGAAAGAUGGUUUUCUGU